AGGGACACAAUGUUUGCGUUGGAUUGAGAUUUGAAUUGAAAUGUGAUUUUGUUUUCUUCACCGAAACAAUGGAUAAAACUCUUCACUCUUUGUAUUAUUCGUCGCUUUUGUCUGAAUCGCCGUCCAUUAGAGACAACACGUCAAGACAUGCCAACAGAUUCAUCAACUCGUUUGAAAUGUCUUCAAUGCAUUUAUUGCCGCAACAACUCAUCAAUCAGAGCGUAUUCCUCAACACCACCGCCGAUGAGACCAGUGUUGCCGACAACACGCUUAUGGCUGCGGAGGAAGACUCUUCGCUCACACUCUAUCACCAGUUCUUCGAAGCGAACCAAAAAUACUCGGAAAGCGAAGACAAUGUGUUUGAAAUGUUGACCGAAUUCGAGCUCUUGUGUUGCGAUCAUCUGAUCGUCACUUCGAAUCUCAUGAAGUCUAGAGUCAGACAUUCGGUUGAGUCGAAAGACAUGACGAAACUCGAGAAUCUGUUCCGUUUGGAGAGAAACAGUUGGCGAGUCUUCAGAGCCAUGUUUGAGGACAGACUGAAGAACGACGCGAAUAACGACGAAAUGACAGACAUUUCGGUCGCUUUGAGUGACAAGACUUUUGUGGACCGACUCUUCGAGAGAGAGCCGCGUUUGCGGGAAAUGCAAUUAGUGGUGGACUGGUUGGAGCGGAACCAGUUGGACGACAACGAAGAGGUGUCCAAAGACCGGAUCCAGUUCUACUCCGAAGGUCCGUAUUAUUGGGAAAACACUUUACACGCGUUGAAAACGCAACUCAACGACAACGAGCGCAAGACGUGUCCGGCGAUGGAUCCCGACGCCGCCAUUCGCUCCCGACUGCCGCUCAACGAUCUGGACGUGGAGGACGAGAGCCGUCUCUUCCGCUACAUCUUCCAAUUGCUGCGUUCGGGACAAUUGCCGGACGCCAAAGACAUCGCCCAACGACUCGGCUAUCAUUGGCUGUCGGCCGCCCUCGACGGCUGGCUUCUGCACAACGACCCCAACUAUCACUCCAACGGAUUCAAGUCGAGUAAAGUGAUGGAAGCGGUGGAGGGGAACGCGAAUCGCGAUCUCUGGAAAUACGUUUGUUGGCGCGCCUCCAAAAUGGAGGGCACCAAUGUGUACGAGCGCGCCAUCUUCGCCGCCCUCAGCGGCAAUGUGGCCACUCUUCUGCCGCUCUGCACGCGUUGGUCGGACCGCUUGUGGGCGUAUUUCCGCUCUUCACUCGACGUUCACAUUGAGUUCGAGUUGCGAGAGACGGCUGUUUCGCGACCCGAAGCGAAGCCCAGGUUCAAUGUGGAUCUGCCGGACGUGUAUUGGGACAACAAGUUGACCGCCGGCGACGUCUUCCGCGAGAUCGAGUCGCGCGGAACUGUUUCGGCGGUCGUCGAAGAGUCCUAUCAUCAGAACAUCCAGAAGUUUGUGAUUCUCGGAGACGUCGACAGUCUCGUAAACUAUGUGUACGACUGCGCGAAAGCCGUCACCGACAAGAAGUCGCUUUCGGACACGACUUUUGCCCAUUUGUUGCGAUUCUUCGCACAUCUCGUCCUCUCUCUGAGACAAUUGAAAGCGAACACAAAGCGCGAGAGUCUCUGUGUUUGCAUUUUGGAGUUUUACAUCGACUUUCUCAUCUCGAAGCACGAGACCGAAUUGGUCGCCUUCUACACGUCACAGUUGCCGGCAGCCAAUCAGAUCACCGCUUACGCCAAGCUUCUGGAACGCGUCUAUCACGAAGAAGACCGCAAGAUGUGUAUUCUUUUGGCCAAAAACGCCAAUUUGGACAUCAAUGCCAUCACAAUGACUGUUGUGGACAAUGUGCGCGUCAAAGCAGAGGAAGACACGCCAAUGGCCACAGAGUUGAUGAACACGACGAGCGGCGAAGACAAGAAGAAGAUCAAUUCGUUGGAUUGGCUGCUGUUCUCCGAAGUGCAGGAAUGGAGCGAAGCCUUGAAACAAACGAAUGCUUUGAUGAGAAGCUUUCUGUUGUGUCGAAAAGUGGACGCAAUGAAAGAGGCGUUUCAGAAACUGCCCGAAAAUAUUGUGGACAACGUUUACCGCCAGUGCUUUCGCCGCACCGGAGGGCGAGAGUUGAGCGCCGAAGACGACAACGCGGUUCGCGAGUAUUUGUGUCACAAGUCGUAUAUUCAGGCGAACGACGCUUUCGCCGACUGGCUCUAUUGUCUUCACAACUCGAAACCUCGAGAACCGCCGAAACAGACGUCCAAACGGUUCAUGGAUUCCGUGGCUUACGAGCAGUCAAUGAAACACUUUGAACUGGAAAUGAAUCGAUGGAAAGACAUGUUAGCACAACAGGCGAGACUCACGGCCGACAAGAUUGAGAACGUGCUGCUGUUUCCCGACGGCGGAUGGAUGGCUGACCAGAGGAGCGACGCUCGGGUGGACGCGUUGAGAGGGCAUCAGAUGGAAGAGUUGCGACGACAAUACAUUCCUCAACUCGUAUUCAUCGCGCAUUCCAUCCAUAAAUCGACCGACAAUUCAGUGGAAUGUCUAAAACUGGCCGAUUUGGUGGCCGACGAACGCAAAGCCAUUUACAAGACAUUCUCGAAGGAAUUGUUGAUUGAUUUGUUGAAGAAAUUGAGAGAAACGUCGAUCGAAGUUCUGAACGAAUGUUCGGAUCCUUUGGGAUAUCCAACUCUUUGAUAACUAUUUGUAUUUCUAUUAAAAAUCAUUUCCUUU